AUGUUGGUCGUUCUCCUAGCUGUGUGCAUUCUCAUGGCGAAUGCCGGCAAAAGAAAUUGCACGAUAGUCUUUCCAAACGAAUGCCAGUGCUAUUAUCGUGACAUAGACAGACAUAUGUGUUGCUCGAUCACCUUAUUUAAGCCAAUAGAGGAUCUUGGCAAAAGCUAUGGUAAAAAGCUACUAUGGAAUUUCGAUAUCGAAAUGCUUGCUAAGCAAGACGUAACCGGUCCUUCACUUCCUCACUUAAAGGGAUAUGCAGAUGCAACACUUUGGAAUACUUUUGGAACAUCAAACGAAAAUAUGAAAGGAAAGGUAGCCAGGACAAUGCAUGAAAAGCAAGGAUAUCUUUCAAAUGCGGUG